UGUCGUAUGGAAAAGUUAAAAGUUCAGGUUAUCUAGAAACUAAACGCCAUUGUUAAACUAUUGUGUCUUCUUUAUUUUGUUACAAUAUUUUUGUUUGUUAAUGGACAUUGAACAAGGUUUAGUGCAAGUGCAUAAAUUAGUGUAAUAGUGGUAGUGAUUGUGACUAUUUUCCAAGAACUGAAAUUAACCAAAAGACUAGUCAAUGUCAGCAGGCGUGUCAGAUCAGCGGAUGAAAGGACAGGGAAAUCAAGUGUCCAAUGGCCCUAAAGAACAGUUAGGUGGGGGAGAAGGAGCAAGUGGCUCUGAGGAAUUUGAACCAUGGAGAAAUCAACAACAAAAUACUGCCCCUCAUACUGCUUACGGUGCUUCAGUUCCGAUUUCGAGUGCAACCGACAUUUACAAUAUGGGCACAGCAGGUUACUACGGCAGUGGAGGCACUUAUCCAUAUCAGGCAUAUGGAGUAGGAGAUGGAACCUGGUCAAACGGAACAGAUCCAAUGACUUUUCUGAGCGGAUAUCCCCACGAUUCUUAUUCCAUGGACGGUAUGUUCGGUCCAUCAACCCCCUUUUCAAACCCGACAGCCUUCGCAGGUCAACCGUCUUCCUUCAAUUAUUUCCACAGCAACGGAGAUUACAACACGUGGGGAAGUCAGUUAGGAGGCCAACGCAAAUACGACGACUACUACAGAGAUCAGCAAAACAUGUAUACACAAGCAAUUCCGGACUCAGCUUUGAAAAGUGUCGAACAAGCCAUGCAGAAUUUAGAUUUGAAAGGCUCCAUGGAUUCCAAAGAAUCACUUGGCCAACCUAAGAAAACGACAUGGGCAAGUAUAGCUAGCCAGCCUGCAAAACCUCAGCUGUCCAUCCAGAAUCAGGGCCUGAAGAAGAAAGGGCCCGGCAUGCCUCCAGGUCCCAUAAUACCUGGCAAGCACAACAUGGACAUUGGUACGUGGGAUACCAAUAAAAGUACUCCUCCUCAAUUACCGAUUGUUAAUAAUGCACCUAAGAGUGUAGUGGCUUCUGCCAUUGCUGUAAGACCUGGUUGGAAUGGACCACCGGCCAAUAGGCAAGCUCCCCCCGCUCCUAGGCCCCCACAGCAUCCAAUGCAGAACUAUCAGCCCCAAGGAAUGAUGCCUCCACAUAUGCCACCUCAAGUGAGCAUGCCUACCGGAGGACAUAUUCAGGGAAUGAUACCCCCACCGAUGCCUAUGAUGGUUGCAACUACCGCGGCCCCCCACCACCCUGUUCUCGACGAACUGAAGGGUAAAAACAAUUACAACCCCACGGAUUUUGACCUGACCGCUCCAAACGCCAGGUUCUUUGUAAUAAAGUCAUAUUCGGAAGACGACAUCCACAGGAGCAUCAAGUAUGAAAUAUGGUGCAGUACUGAACACGGAAAUAAACGCUUGGAUCAGGCCUACAAGGAACGGGAGGGAAACGGUGCAAUUUAUUUAUUUUUUUCUGUGAACGGUUCUGGACAUUUUUGUGGGAUGGCUCAAAUGGUCUCUGCCCUAGAUUACAACUCCAAUAGUUCAGUGUGGUCGCAAGAUAAGUGGAAAGGGCAGUUCAAGGUACGCUGGGUGUACGUAAAGGAUGUUCCUAAUGUUCAGCUUCGCCACAUUCGCUUAGAGAAUAAUGACAACAAGCCUGUGACCAACUCCAGAGAUACGCAGGAGGUACCGCAUCCAAAAGGAGUUCAGGUGCUGCGCAUCAUGCAUUCCUACAGGCAUUCUACUUCGAUAUUUGAUGACUUCAUACAUUAUGAAAAACGUCAAGAAGAAGAAGAUAGCCGUAAACAGCCAGUUGUUAAGGAAAUGGGAGGCCACGAAGGGGGAGGUCGGGACCAUAGAGAUAGGGGAGAUCACAGAGGAGGUAGAAAUCAUGACAGAGAGGGUGAAGGUCAUCGUUCCGGUGGACACAGGAAUAAUGAUCAUCAUGGAGGUGGACACAAAGAUCGUGGUGAUAACAACCGGGGACGUGGUGGACGAGGAGGCCGCAACUAAAAACUACCUUUCUGCAAUUCAUGAAUUCAAGAAACAAACCAUUUAUGUGGCUGCUUUCUACUAGCGUAUUAUUCAGUUAAUGGCUUGUUGAAGUAUAUUUCAUGAACACCUAACAGAUUCGGUUGAUUUGCAUGUCGUUAGAAAAUUGGUAGGCACCAAGUAUUUUUUAUUGUAUGGUUCUAUUCUCCGUAAUCAGUUGCUAAUACCCUGCUUUUGAUUAAAUCCCGUCGGUCAGUUCAUGAGACUUCUCUGCGUGGCUAAAAUUUCUACUAUAAUUUGUACGUGUGGGUUCUCUCAAACUCUUUUAAAAAUAGUUAAAAAGUUUAAAAGGUAUAUGGAUUAUAGUAAAAUAGUUGUAUAUUAACAAACUAAGUAGCUCACUCUUCGGAUCGGGCCUUUCAGAAUCGGAUAAUAAAUAAAGAAUAGUGCAGUGUUUCGUUUUGCUGGUGUGACGGACCUAAUAAAUUAAAUUGUAAUAUAAUGAACGGACGAUGCGAAUAGUUAAAUUUAAAAUAAAGUGUUGAUUUUUCUGGACUAAUUUAACAUUCAGUGCUUGAGGUUUGCGGAAAAUAGUGGACUGUGAAACAUCUCCGUAAAAUACAACUGAACUUAAGAUGUAUAAGUGAUUAUAACAAUUUCAGAACUAGGUGACAAAUUGGCUGCAUUUAGUUGAUGAUGAACACUGACAUUUGUUUGUAUUUGUUACAGUUUUACCAAAUGUUUUUCAAUUUUCUAAUCUUAUAUCAGAUUAUAUGAACUGUGUGCACCUUUAGAAUAUUCGUUGAGAUUUUAUAGUUUAACAUAGGACUACUGAAUCGUAAGCAUGCCCUGUUCACAAUUUUAUUCUUUCAACUUACCAAAAUAUUUGUAUAUAGUCUAGUUCAGAAGCUCCGUUUCAUAUAAAUUCCUGUUCGUCUUUUAAAAUUACGAUUGAGGUGUAAUUCGAUUUGUAAUUUCACACAGAGUAAUUUACCAUUUGUGGCUAGGUGCGCUAACGAUUAGUUUAAAAUUCAUAAACAA